GGCGCCCUCCAGAACGCUGCACCGCCCACGUGGUUCCGACAGGCAAGAUGGCGGCGGCGGCGGCCAGCCCGAGCUCGGUGGAGUCGGCCCCGCGGAUCCUGCGGCUGGUGGCCGAGUGCAGCCGCUCCAGAGCCCGGGCCGGCGAGCUGCUGCUACCCCACGGGCCGGUGCCCACCCCGGUGUUCAUGCCGGUGGGCACGCAGGCCACCAUGAAGGGCAUCACGGCCGAGCAGCUGGACGCGCUGGGCUGUCGCAUCUGCCUGGGCAACACCUACCAUCUGGGGCUCAGGCCGGGCCCCGAGCUGAUCCAGAAAGCCCAAGGGCUCCACGGCUUCAUGAACUGGCCCCACAAUCUGCUGACGGACAGCGGCGGCUUCCAGAUGGUGUCCCUGGUGGCCCUGUCCCAGGUGACCGAGGAGGGUGUCCGCUUCCGCUCCCCCUACGACGGCCAGGAGACCCUGCUGAGCCCGGAGAGGUCCAUGGAGAUCCAGAACGCGCUGGGCUCCGACAUCAUGAUGCAGCUAGAUGACGUAGUGAGCAGCACAGUGACGGGCCCGCGUGUGGAAGAGGCCAUGCACAGGUCUGUGCGCUGGCUGGACCGCUGCCUCUCCGCUCACCGGCGUCCAGACAAGCAGAGUCUGUUUGCCAUCAUCCAGGGAGGGCUGGACGCCAAGCUCCGCGCCACCUGUCUUGACGAAAUGACCAAGAGGGACGUGCCCGGCUUCGCCAUCGGGGGCCUGAGCGGGGGCGAGAGCAAGGAGCACUUCUGGCGGAUGGUGGCGCUCAGCACGGCCCGCCUGCCCCGGGACAAGCCGCGCUACCUGAUGGGGGUGGGAUAUGCCACCGACCUGGUGGUCUGCGUGGCCCUCGGGUGCGACAUGUUUGAUUGUGUCUUUCCCACGCGGACGGCGCGUUUUGGCUCCGCCCUGGUCCCCACCGGUAACCUGCAGCUGAAGAAGAAACAGUUCCAAAAGGACUUCGGCCCCAUCGACCCCGAGUGCACCUGCCCUACCUGCCAAAAGCACGGCCGGGCCUUCCUGCACGCCCUGCUGCACAGCGACAACCCGGCGGCCAUGCACCACCUCACCGUGCACAAUAUCGCCUAUCAGCUCCGGCUGAUGAACGCCAUCCGCACCAGCAUCCUGGAGCAGCGCUUCCCCGCCUUCGUGCGGGACUUCGUGGCCACCAUGUACGGGCACCCGGCGCGCUGUCCCCAGUGGGCGGUGGACGCCCUGGGCUCCGUGGGCAUCACGCUGGACUGAGGGCGGGGGAGAGGAGAAGACAAAAGGCUUUCCCAUGGCAAUGAGGGUCAUUUUUGUUUUUGAAUUUUGAGUCGUCUUGGAGUGUUGGCUCCUCUUGGUCUCGGUCACCUUCUGUGUUAUGUUCCCACACCGCCAGGAUAUGCUUGUCUUUCAAAUUUGGUCCCUUGGCAUAUGAAUGUUUUUGGGUUUUGUUUUUUUUUUAAGUUUUUAAAAAUAUUUAUUCCCUUUUGUUA